CAAGCAGGCAGCAGUUGGAGCAAAAAGCUAUGGCCGCCUUCCGCAGGGUGACGGCGCUGGCCGGCAGGCUGAACCUCCGGCCGGUGUGGAGGAGCAGCGGAGCUACGGGCGGAGGACGCGCGGCCAGGAGGCGCCUGGUGGUCGGGAUGUGUCUCGCGACGGGAGGUGCCGGUUUGGCGUAUCACCUCUACAGCAGCGACUUGACAAGCGGGGAGAAGCAGAGGAGGAGUAGUAAGCCCAGCAUCAGCGGACGGGAUUUGUUUCCUCCUCUCCCCGCCGUGGAGGCGAAGGAAAAGGCACGACCCUGUGACUUUGAGGAAGGUGAAGUCUACAUGUCGUCCCAUGAGCACCGCUUCCGUAUGUUCAGCUCUGUGGAGUAUGAGGGACAGCUGUACAUGACCCCGCAGAACUUCAUCGAGUCCGUCACCAUGAGCGAGCCCAGGAACAAGAGGCCCUGGAGGUCCCUGACCAAACAGGAGUUGGAGAAGAUUCUCUCUGACACUCCACCGGUCUGGAGAGGGACAUCUAAACUUUUCCGCAACCUGAGAGAGAGAGGCAUCAUCGCAUACACAGAAUACCUCUUCCUGCUCUGCAUCCUGACAAAGCCUCAUGCUGGCUUUAAGAUUGCCUUCAACAUGUUUGAUGCUGACGGCAACCAGAUGGUGGACAAGAGGGAGUUCCUGGUGCUUCAGGAGAUCUUUCGCAAGAAAAAUGAGAAGAGAGGGAGGAAGGGGGAUGCUGAAAAGUCAGCCCAGUUGCGAGCCGAUGAGAAUAUAAUGGUUGACACAACCCUAUUGGUCCAUUUCUUUGGAAAAAAGGGGAAGGCGGAGCUUACCUUUGAUGACUUCUACAGGUUCAUGGAUAACCUCCAGACGGAGGUGUUGGAGAUAGAGUUCCUAACCUAUUCCAAGGGAAUGACCACCAUCAGUGAGGAGGACUUCGCAAGGAUCCUUCUGCGCUUCACCAAUGUCGAAAACAUCAACGCAUACCUGGAAAAUGUCCGCCAGUGUAUCCCGGAUGAGAAGGGAAUCACCUUCGACGAGUUCAGAUCCUUCUUCCAGUUUCUCAACAACCUGGAGGACUUUGCCAUUGCCAUGCAGAUGUACAACUUUGCGUCGCGCUCCAUUGGACAGGAUGAGUUUGCGCGGGCUGUGUAUGUGGCCACAGGACUGAAGCUGACGCGUCACCUGGUCCAUACCAUCUUUAAGAUCUUUGACGUGGACCAUGAUGAUCAGCUGUCCUACAAGGAGUUCAUUGGCAUCAUGAAGGACCGGCUGCACAGGGGAGCCAGGGGGAAUGGCGGACACCACUCCUCCUUCUCCAGCUGCGUUCGCACCGAGGCCAGGAGACAAGUCCGUCAGCUGUGGAAGAGGUUCAAGGACACGGCCUGAGGGAGAGAAGGAGGGAGAGGAGAAGGAGACCUCGUUGGGGUUGCAGAUGUGGUGGGAGUAGGAGAUCAUCGAGGAAUUGAGUUUUGUGAAGGAACAAUUAAAACUUCUCAUCAGUUCUCUGCAAUAACCUUUCCCCUACACCUACACCUAGCAUGGCCACAUACACCUGACCGAUGUUCUCUGUGCCGAGACACAACAAGAUCGCCUCCCCUUUGGUUUCUGUCACAGUACUCAUCUCAUUCUAGAAAAGCAUUUUGUUGGGGGGGGGGGGAUAGAAUAGAGUGCAAUAGAUUUGAAUAGAACGUUGUUUUUCAACUGAAGAUUCAGAAGUGGGCUAGCUCGCACCACCCAGGACACAGUUACACUGCUGCACUACACACCACAGCAAAGAAAUGCAAAGAGCACAAUAAUAUCGGUGGUGAAAGUAAGUCUAAUGAAGUGAAAGUAAAUCAUUUCAAAGAGUUCAAAACAAGUCAUAUCAUAAGACAACAAAAAAGCUCACUGUGAUUGGGACUUCUUAGAGAGAGAGAGAGAGAGAGAGAGAGAGAGAGAGAGAGAGAGAGAGAGAGAGAGAGAGAGAGAGAGAGAGAGAGAGAGAUGUUUAUAUUAAUUUUUUUACAUUUAGGUUCAAUCUUAUAAAUAUGUCUGGAUCUAAAAUGUCUUUGUUUUGUGCUUUGUCAGUGUUCCUGCAUGUAUGACACAAGACUCUGAAACCCACAUAGGUGCCUUUUCUCCCAACAUCCUGUAUGCAUCAAUAAAAUAUUUAACCAGUUUCAGCAUUAUGCAGCUUUAAGCAAGUGAAAUUACAUUUUAUCAAUGUUAUGCAGUCGGUGUAUGCAAUUCAUUACAGAGCAUUUUUUAUUUAUUAUAAAAUUAGUUAUAACCUAUCCUCAAACUAGUUAAGCCCUGAUUUUGUGUACUUCUCAUUGAAUGGACAGGUGUAUCAAAUGACAUGGAUCGAACAGGCAAAUUGUAUACAACUUUAUCAAAACUGCUCAAGCAAUGAAAUGUUUUGCUCCAAUGGAACUUGAAACAAUGAAAUGUUCAGUGCACAAAUAAACUACUUUGGG